AUGUCGAAAGUCGUUCGGAGCGUCAAAAAUGUCACCAAGGGAUACUCGUCAGUGCAGGUCAAGGUGCGCAAUGCUACCAGCAAUGACCCUUGGGGCCCAACGGGCACGGAAAUGAGCGAGAUUGCGCAGAUGACAUUCAGCAAUCCCCAAGAUUUUUAUGAGAUCGUCGAGAUGCUUGAUAAGCGGCUGAACGACAAAGGCAAGAACUGGCGUCACGUUUUGAAGUCACUCAAGGUGUUGGAUUACUGUCUACACGAAGGCUCCGAGUUAGUCGUUACCUGGGCCAGGAAGAAUGUCUACAUCAUCAAGACCCUACGGGAGUUUCAGUACAUUGAUGAUGAGGGACGCGAUGUCGGCCAAAACGUGCGUGUUUCUGCUAAGGAACUUACUGCCUUGAUUCUGGAUGAAGACCGCCUACGAAACGAGCGAUCGGAUAGAAAGCUAUGGAAGACCCGUAUCAGUGACAUUGAUGAAGGCGGCAUUCAAGGGUUCGGAGGUGCUGAUCCCAAUCGCCGACCCCGUGAUAGGCGCGAGCCCAGACGUCGCGAUGAGGAUGAUACAGAAUAUCGGUUAGCCAUCGAGGCAAGCAAGGUUGAGGCCGAAGAGGACAGGAAACGGCGGGAACUAGCCGCCAGAGACGGCGAAGAUGAUGACGAUCUCGCUAAAGCGAUCAAACUUAGCAAAGAAGAGGAGGAACUGCGUCGACGCGAGUUGGAAGAGAGCAAUGCUCAAUCGUUGUUCGAUGACACACCAGUUCAACCAGCUCAAGCGCAGCCGACAGGUUACAACCAAGGCUAUCAGCAGCAACCAGCAGUGGACUGGUUCGGCAACCCGAUUGAUCCUCAGCAGCCCCUGACUACAGGCUACCUCAACAACCAGUAUGCGCAGCCGACGGGCUUCCAGGGUCAACCUACAGGCCUUCAGCCUGGGUACAACAACGGCUUCCAGGUCCAGCCGACCGGUUUUGAUCAGUCUCAGCAAUAUGGACAGCCGCAAAACACCUUCUUUCAAUCUCAGAACCUGCAACCACAGCAGACCGCAUUCAAUAACAAUAACCCGUACGGCAAUAACGCUUUUGGCCAACCUCAGCAGCAAGACAACAGCUUUUUGCAGCCUGGUAGUCACAACCCGUGGGCUACUAAGCAGCAAACGCCUGAUACCCUCAAGCCCUUGGCGACGGGUUCAAACAAUCCUUUUGCGUCAGGUAUCAACAGACCGGCGUCGCAGCCAGCUAGAACCGGUCCUCCCACUCUUAACACUCUCGCAGAGGAACAAGCAACCACUGCGUUUAGCAAUUAUCAGCCCACUAGCUCCAACCCUAUCGCCAACUUCCAGGCUCCCAGCCCUGUGCAACCAGGCUUGCAAAACAACAGACCUGAAAACACUCAGCAUGCCAGACUCAACGCUCUGCUUGCUAGUGGCGAAGGACAAGAUACGUUCGGUAACACCGGCGAUCUGCGUGUUCCUGCCCAUCACACUGCUCCCGGCAUAUUCAUCAAUUCUGCCGGUCAAGGAGUAGAUCGCCUUCAGCCAGCGCCGACUGGGAGCAACCCAUUUUUUAGCCAACAAUUCACCGGCGUACCUCAACAGACCGGGUUCGUUCCACAGAAUAACCCAUUCGGAGGACAGCGACCCCAGCAACAACAAGGCGGAAGUCUAAUUGAUUUGUAA